CAACAACCAAGAGGACAAAAAAAGACAAGUCAGCAUCGUCUUCAUUUCUUCGGGUCUCCCAUCUGACCAGUGUGAUAAAUUACGAGGUGUCCUCGAACGCCUCACAGCAGCAGUUGACUUGAAGAGAUGCGACUGCGACGCGGCUACGUGUUGUUUUUCCUUUCCUCUCUCUGUCUGCACAGCCACAAGAAGAGAGACAGCCAGCCAGCCAGCCAGCCAGCCAGCCAGCCAACCAACCAGCCAGCCAGCCAGCCAGCCAGCCAGCCAGCCAGCCAGCCAGCCAGUCAUCCAGCCAGCCAGCCAGCCAGUCAUCCAGCCAGCCAGCCAGCCAGCCAGCCGGCCAGCCCAGACAUCAGCAGCGCUGGCCCACGUCUUUGCAUGUUCUCUAUGGACGCAAUGACUAAUUAGUGCCCCCUUAUUGAAGGAAUCGGAAAACACCUUUUGGACGGACGGACGGACGGCGCGCGAGGAUUCUCUCGGCGUGUGGAAACGCGCGUCUCGACAUAUUUCCUGUUUUCCGUCCAGUCUGGAAACAACGCAUACACAUUUUGUUUGCUUUGGUGUUUUUUCCCGUUUUUAAAUCAAUUUUUUUAAAUUGCUGCGCUGGGAUUUCGUGUCCACCUGAAAAGCAAUUGUGGAGGCAGAUACCAAGGGAAUUCAACUCAGAGCCAAAAGAGUCAAAGAGAUGACCCUGGUCUUGUCCAUGAAUCCUUUCUUGGAGCCAGAGGGAGAACCUCCCUUCCCGACGUACCGACCCGGAUGGAAAACGGAGCGCUGCGGGACGACCAGCACGUGCCCGUCAAACAGUACCUCGCCAGGCCACGCUCAACACCAACUCAAACCGGGUCACAAUGAAGGUCCCUUUCGACGACUUCCCGACCAUGUGGCAAUGUCAAGAAUCGCAUACUUCAAGAGGAAGUUUGUCGACGAGGACCACGCUUCGUUCAGUUUCAGGACGUACUGCCAGACUGUGGCCCCCGUUUUGGAGGAACGUGCCCACGUUCUGCGUCUCUCUCUGGAGAAGAUGCGCUUCAUCGAAGACCCCGAGGUUUUCCUGCGCCGCUCCGUCCUGGUGAACAACCUCCUCCGGCGUCUGCGAGCCGACAUCCUGCUCCAGAGCACCGAAUGGUGCUUCUCUCCCAACCCGCUUUUAACGGGCAGCGUCUUAGCGCCGCCGCCCUCAACCCCCACGCAGCAGCAGCAGCGGCGGCAGCAGCAGCAGCAGCAGCAGCAGCAGCAGCAGCAGCAGCAGCAGCAGCACCACCAGCAGCAGCAGCACCAGCAGCAGCAAGCACUCAACAGGUCGGCGGUAGCCACGCCAAUCUGCUUAGCGUCCCAAGCAGGCCCGCCCUUCCGUAAGCGCUUCCGAACGCUCCGUGCGGGACAAGGGGACCUGGGCGACGACUGCGCCCAGACUUGCUGCUGCAUCUACGCUGCGGCGGCGGCGGCGGCAGCUGCGGGACACUACCUUCACCUCCCUUUGUCCAUGUAUGAUGCGCAAGUGCCCGGGCCGCACUCCUCCUCCUCCUCCUCCUCCUCCUCCUCCUCCUCCUCCUCCUCGUCCUCCUCCUUCUUUCAAAUAGCCAGCCAUCCCAAGUUAGGACUGACUGUGGUCGAUGGGCCCGACGACGAUGACGAUGAAAUUGAUGAAGAGGAGGAGGAGGAAGAGCUUGGCGGACGGAGACAAGCGGGACCUUCUAGCCAUUGGCUUAGACUUAGGUCAAGGCAGAAAAGCCGGACGAGGACCGCGCAGGCUCACGCUUGCGGUAGGACACGAGCAGACAGCUGCGUGACAGAGCUGGAGGAGGCGGAGCCAGAAGAGGAGGCGCAUGGCGGCCCACCUUGUGAGUGGGACUCUGCUGCUGAAGGAGAUCUUCACUCUUUGCAGCGUGGGGCUCACCCACAAUGACAAUUUGCAAGUCUUGGGGACAGAAACAUAGAGCUUUACCUGGAAUGCCAAACUGAUGAAACAAAAAAAGCUUCACCUGUUUGGCAUUGUGUGCUUGAAUGAGAAGGGAUCUCAAAUCCAGUCUUGCUCUGUCUUAAGUUGAGGAGCUGGUGCUUCGAAUACGAUGUAGCAUUCCAAAACUUGACUUGACUCUUUUUCAUUGUGCUGACUUGACAUUCUGUCCACUAUUUGGCUGCAUGCAAGAGCGACACCUCUAUCUAGAUGAGAGAAACAACAAUCGUGUUCAAACACAAAUAGAAGUGCCUUCAAGUUUUUACGUGUCUUCAUGUUCCGAAAAAGACUUGACACUGGCAUUUUGUUGAAUGCUGUGGCCUUUAGCAAAUGUGGCUAAGACUCUUACUAAAUAUACACUCCAAAUGCAUUUUUUCUUUUUAUUAGAGUGCAUGAUGUGGAUGACUCAGCACUGACCAUACGCAAACUUCAGCCAGCCUUGAAGAACACUUGUUGUGGCUUACUUAAAGCCUCGUUUGUAUGUUGUUGUUUUUUUAACGACCACUUUUUUGUUUCAACAUUUCACCUAAAGCUCUCGUGAUGAAUACAUUCCCUUUGUCUUUGUGCCAAACGUGCAUUGUUGCGCUGCGCAUUUAUUUUUCAUCUCAUACAUCGACUUAAUGAAUUCUUGUAAGGUCCUAAUUGAAUCAAUUGGUUGAAAGCACUGUACAUACCUUUUCAAAUACACGCUAAUCAAGAAAAAGAAAACGAGUGCUAUUACUAAGGAUGCUGUCGUUGAAUCUGACCUUAAUGUGAUUUGGUGAUGCAAGCGACUACUGCCAAGAAGGAUGAUCCCAUCUUGUGUUAUUGACUUUUCACAAAGUGUUCAAUGUGUCCUCACAAUGAGUCUCCAGGUCACACGGCGUGGCGUCUCUCCUUGAAUUCCCGUACCUCUUUUGACCUGUUCAAUUGGGCAGGCACGGAAAGGAUGCGCGUCUACAAAUACACAUCAUUCGCAUUCAUGGCAUUAGCGGCUUUUUCUUGCUACUUUUUUCUUCGUUAGUCUGGGUGACAAAUCCAACUUUUUUGGUUCGGUUCUGUUCAAGCAACAUAAAUAACAGAUGAGGAAGAGCUCUUGCUUUCCAAAACAAUUCAAACUCCCAAUUAAUUUGACAGCUACUUUAGAUGUGUUUGUUACUUCCUCGCUCGCUCGCUGCCUGCCUGCCUGCCUGCCUCUCAUCUACUGUUCAAACAACAACAACGACGACAACAACGACACACUAAUGACUGUUUUGGCAUGUGUGACUCUUACAAAUUGACGAGUGAUGUACCCCCCCCCCGCCCUGCCCUUUUUUGCAUCAUCCAAAUCCUGUGAUUACCAGUGUUAUUUUUUAAAGAUAAGAAUUGAACAAAUCUAUGUUUUUGAAGCCAAAACAAAAGAAAAAAAGUGUAAGAGUCCAAGUACUCUCCUCUCCUCUACUAAAGAAAUGUUCUGUGAUAUGUGGCAAAAUCAGUAAAAGUUGCGAAAACC